UAUAUAUAUAUAUAUAUAAUGGCCUGGCGCUUCAAGGCUUCGAAGUACAAAAAUGCCGCGCCCAUUGUGCCAAAAGCGGAGGCAUGCGUCCGCGAAAUCAGCGUUGGCAGCUAUCAAACCUAUGGCAACAAUAUUGCCGCAUCUGGGGCAUUUAUGGCAUUCAAUUGGGAGCACACCGGUUCGAGUGUGGCCGUAUUGCCACUUGACGAUUGCGGCAGGAAGAGCAAGACAAUGCCACUGCUGCACGGCCACACGGACACGGUGACAGAUUUGAAAUUCUCACCCUUUCACGAUGGACUGUUGGCAACCGCUUCCCAAGAUUGUCUGGUAAAAAUUUGGCACAUACCCGAAAAGGGUUUGGAACAGUCGCUAUCGGAUCCGGAGGCAGUCUUCUCGCACAAGCAGCGACGUGUGGAGACAGUUGGUUUCCAUCCCACGGCCGAUGGCCUAAUGUACUCAACAGCAGCCGGUUGUGUGGCACUUUUUGAUAUUGCGGCCCAGAAGGAAAUAUUCUCAAACAAUGAGCACCCGGAAGUAAUACAAUCGGUCAGCUGGCGCGAGGAUGGCACCGUCCUGGCCACCAGUUGCAAGGAUAAAUGUUUGCGCAUCUUUGAUCCACGGGCCGCUGGAACACCGAUCCAGAUGCAAACAGAAUCGCAUCAGAGCAUUAAGGAUUCGCGCGUCGUCUGGCUCGGCAAUCAGACGCGCAUUUUAACAACCGGUUUCGAUGCGGCCCGUUUGCGUCAGGUGAUCAUACGGGAUAUACGCAACUUUAAUACGCCGGAGAAGACAUUGGAGCUGGAUUGUUCGACGGGCAUAUUGAUGCCGCUCUUCGAUCCGGAUACAAAUAUGUUAUUCCUCGCCGGCAAGGGUGAUACGACCAUCAACUAUCUGGAGAUCACCGACAAGGAUCCGUAUUUAAUUGAGGGUCUGCGGCACACCGGUGAGCAGACAAAGGGCGCCUGUUUGGUGCCAAAGCGUGCCCUCAAAGUCAUGGAGGCGGAGGUGAAUCGUGUGCUCCAGCUAACCUCCAACAUGGUCAUACCCAUCAUGUACCAGGUGCCACGCAAGACUUAUCGUGACUUUCAUGCCGAUCUAUAUCCCGAGACGAUGGGCUACAAGACAGAGCUGAUUGCCAGCGAAUGGUUGAAUGGCACCAAUCAGGCAGUGCCCAAAAUGAAUUUGGAUCCGGCGAAACGCGAACACGGCGAUGAGCCCAUUAUCAUACAUCGCGGCAAUCUGAACGAUUUCAUCAAGAACAUUGAGAACCAAAAAACCAAAAGCAAGAAUCAGAAUCUAAAUCAAUGUAAAAUCGCCGCCGCAACAUCGACCAAGCGCAACGACAACGAACACUUUGUAUUGCAAGUGCGCAAGUGCAACAACGGCGAGGAGAAGAAUGGCAAUGAAAGUAAUGCUGCCACCGCCACCAAUGAGAAGCAACGCUCGGUGCAUGCAACCACCGAGUGCAGUCUGAGCCAAAGUGAGCUAAUACGCAAAUUUGAGGCGAAAUACAAGACAGACUCGGAGAAGGAGCCGCCCUGCCAGGUGGAUGAGAAGGAAUCGCCCACCGAGCACUCGACCGGCAGCAGUGAGGAAGCCUCCUCCUCGGCGGCGCUGGACACCAAUUCGGCCAGUGGCAGUCACUCGCCGCCCAAGCCCAUGCCGCGCACUUCGCGCAAUAAUUCGCUGCCGGAGGCAACAAGCUGCGAUUCGGCUGGCGAGUGCAACACGCCACGUCCGCGUCCACGCACAACAGCAGCAGCUGCCUACAAGCCACGCCUGGGCCCGAAACCCUUUUCCAGCAACACUGGCGACGUGUCCUUUGACAAGGUGUUUGCUGUGCCCGUAGCGCCUGGAUCGCACGAGAAUAUAUCGAAUGUGGGACAGGAUAAUGGUAGUGAUCUGUCGACCACUCAAGCCAAGCCCGAUCUCAUUGUCGAAAUUGAAAUCAAGAAAAACCAUGAAGGCGAUACAAAUGUGACUGGAAAUGGCAAUGGUAAUGGUGUACAAAAGUCGUUGACCACAUCGGAGCGCCGCAAGUCUUCGGCUGACGAUGAUGAAUCAUCCGAUAAGAUAUUCGAACAGAACUCGGAGUCAUCGGAGAACUCAACGGAGGGCGAAGAUCGCACCGAUGCCGAUUUGCGACGCUUCUCCGCGGUGCGCAGCAGCAUUGCCGAGCGACGUCGCGUCUACGAGAGUCGAUCCAAAAGCCAGGUGGACGAAAAGGCUCAAUCGCCGGUGCCACUGCGUCGCGAGAGUUCCAAGGUGGAGCCGCUUAAGCCCAGCCAGCAGCUGAUGAGCAGCAACAGCAGCAAUGUUAUGCCACAGGCGGCGGCAACAGCAGCCACCGGUGGUAUUGACAGUAAACGCAUUUCGGUGCCUGAAGGCAAACUGAUGGAGGAGCAUCGACAGCAGCGUGGCAAUGGAACAACCGCGGCAGCUGGUGUUGGUCUUGGUGGUGCUGGUCUCAAGAAAUCCGCCACGGAGGCGGCAUUUAGUGCGGCAUCCACGAAACGCACCUCGACCGUAUUUGGCAAGGUGUCCAAGUUUCGGCAUUUGAAGGGCACGCCCGGCCACAAAUCGACACACAUUGAGAAUUUGCGCAACUUGAGCCGCCAGAUACCGGGCGAAUGCAAUGGCUUCCAUGCCAAUCAUGAGCGUGUCGCAGUGCCAUUGUCUGGGCCCGGCGGAAAGAUUGCCAUCUUUGAGUUAAGUCGACCGGGCCGAUUGGCGGAUGGUGUGAUUCCAUCGCUGGUGAAUGGCAGCAAUAUCAUGGACUUCCAAUGGGAUCCGUUCGAUGCCCAGCGUCUGGCCGUUGCCUGUGACGAUGGCAUUGUCAAGCUGUGGCGCAUCGAUGAGGGUGGCCUCAAUGAGCCAACGAAUGCGCCGCUGGGUGAACUGACUGCUCAUUUGGACAAGAUCUAUUUUAUACGUUUUCAUCCAUUGGCCGCCGAUGUGCUGCUCACAGCUAGCUAUGAUAUGACCAUCAAACUGUGGGAUUUACGCACCAUGACCGAAAAAUGCACACUCCACGGCCACACGGAUCAGAUAUUCGAUUUCGCUUGGAGCCCCUGCGGCAAACUGGGUGCCACCGUUUGCAAAGAUGGCAAAAUUCGCAUCUACAAUCCACGCAACGCCGAUACACCCAUUCUGGAGGGAAACGGACCAGUUGGCACCCGUGGGGCACGCAUCACUUGGGCCCUGGAGGGUCAUUACAUUGUCUGCACCGGAUUUGACAAGGUCUCGGAGCGUCAGAUUAGCGUGUAUAAUGCACAAAAAUUGACGGCGCCACUAAAUACGGCCAGUUUGGAUGUGUCGCCAUCAAUAUUGAUUCCAUACUAUGAUGAGGAUAGCUCCACGCUGUUUGUCACCGGCAAGGGCGACUCGACAAUCUAUUGCUAUGAGAUCACCGAUGAGGAACCGUACAUUUGCCCGCUGUCGCAUCAUCGCUGCUCAACGCUGCAUCAGGGACUGAGUUUCCUAACCAAGAACCACUGCGAUGUGGCCAGCGUGGAGUUCUCCAAGGCAUACAGGCUGACGAACACAACCAUUGAGCCGCUCAGCUUCACUGUGCCACGCAUUAAGAGUGAACUGUUCCAGGAUGACUUGUUUCCACCCACACGCAUCACAUGGAGCGCCACGCUGUCUGCCGAUGAUUGGUUUGACUGCAACGACAAGGCCGCUGCCAAAGUCAGCCUCAAGCCCGAGGGCAUGGAUACGCUGUCCUCCAUACAACAAGUGCCAGCGCCAGUCAAGAAACCGGAACACUCGCAAUUCGCCAGCAAAUCUGAAUAUGAGAUCAGCAAGCAACAGGAGAUUCAGAAAUCGGUUAGCGCGCGCAUGGAGUACACAACCAAGUUGGAGCAGGAUGACAUGGAGGGUGUCGAUGAGAACGAGUGGCAGGAGUAGUGCCAAGGAUGCAGCGAUGCCUCCUACACAUAAGCUCUAUAUAUUCUUAAAUAUACACAAACUCAUAGAUAAGUUUCAACUCGUAUAUAUAUAUAUAUAUACUAAUAUAUAUAUACACAAACCGAUACAGACACUCACACACACACAUACAUACAUAACACACAUACAUACAGACAAACAGACCCGGCGCAGGGCUUAUGGCUAGGCAAUUUGUGGGGCUUUUGCUCUUCAACCAUUCCCCCUCCACACACGAACCCACCCCACAGCGUGAGCAGGCUGGCUGUAAACGCUUUUUGGGCUCCAGCCAUGUAAAUAGCAAACGCGUCAUAAACUGCUCGGUGCUAGAGAGAGACAGAGAGAGAGAGAGAGAGAGAGAAGAGGCAGAUAUAGUGUGAGAGAGAAACAUAUAUUGGAUGCACUGCUUGCUAACUGGUUGUGCCAAUGUAAACCGCAGUUACUCCCACUCAACCCCCCCUCAACCCACUGCAGUUGCUCAAUAAUUUGCCAAAUUACGAUUGUUAAGGCGUAUAUACAUAUAUAUAUAUAUUUAUAUAUAUAUAUAUAUAUAUAUAUAUUGUUUGUGUUUAUUUUGUAUAAGUUCGUUCGUUCGUUUGUUUUUUUUUAAUGUAUUUUUAUUAUACAUAUUUAUGUGUAUCGUGUGCUUGUAUUUUGUUUAUUGUACACAAAUUCUGUGUUUGAUUUAAGUAGUUAGUCCAAAAUUAGUUAAGCGUAUUUUAACAUUUUCAACAAUUCAUUUAAUUUCGAGAGAGAGAGAGCGAGUUUGUGGCCAUAUAUAUUAUGAUCAUAAUGAUGAUCAGAUCAGUAACAGAAGUUAGAAAUGAGAAGAAGAAUGUUUAAUGUACAAUUGUCUAAUUGUAUAGUAUUUUUUAUUUUUUUUUGUGUUUCUUGAUGUUUUUUCUUCUUCUAUUUUAGGAGUAUUUUACCUCUCAGUAUAGUUGUCAUUUAUGCUCAUGCAGUUUGUAGCAAAGCAAAGCUCUCUAAAUUUUAUAUAUACUUUUGGUUAGUAAAUCUCUCUCGAUGGGAGCACAACCUCCUGAGCCGGGCCCAAAAACACACAGACAGACAACAAAAAGAACACACACACACACAAACAACUCCAUACAUUAUGUAUUUUAUAUCAUAUAUAGAGAACAAAACAAGAAUUCAUUUGUUUUUUGUUUUCUUUUAUUUUUUGUCAAGCACAUUUUUUUUUCACAUUCACCAAAAUGUUUUUUUUUUUUUUUGUUUUUUUGAUUAUUGGGUUUUAACAAAAACUCUUCUAGUCUUUGUCUUUAGAUACAAAACAAACUUCGUUGCUUCCUUUAAGCGAUCCAAAAAUCGUUUCAUGAUUCAUGAUACAUACAUACAUACAUACAAAAAAGGGGGGCGUCCCCCGCUCCCCUAAUUUUCGAAAGUAACAAGAACAAGAAAAACAAAAAACAAAAAAAAAACAUAGACUGUACUGAAAACUGAGACGUUUAUGCGUAAGCCAAUCAAGCGAGUAUUUUUGUUAAAUCAAGAACAACAACAAAAACAAAAACGAAACCAAGAAA